GAUCUGGCUUCCUGGUCCAGCGCAGUUAAACGGUCCAUGGAAAGGUUUUUUUUGAGGGAAAUGUUCGACGAUAGUUGAUGAAAAUUUGGAGAACGAAUCGCGCGACAAUUGUGCUGGUUUUAUGGGAUGAAACGAGAGUGCGCAAAGAGUCCGAGACGCGAAGUUUCUACGUUGAGCUAAACAGAGCUUGAGUUUUACUUUACGAAGCUUCCGAACGAUCCAGCGUUAAGCUCGCCAUGUUGAACGCGGACAAGCGUUUAGCCAUUGAAAAUUCGUGAGAGUUUCGACAGGGAAGGGAAAGAAAAAGUAAGAAGAAUGCCGCGCAUGAGGUCGUCGCUGAGGAGCAGAGAUUCCUCAAGCACUUCGACUGGCGUGGAUCCUCGCGAAAGGGUGAAGGACUGUUGUCGCAAGCUCGUUGCUUUCAUGUGCACCCAAGUCGGAGUCGGCGGCUUGGUUGUGGGCUACGCCAUCGUGGGAGCAAUGGCAUUCAUAGCGAUUGAGAAGAACGCAGAGUCGAUAGAUUUGAAGGGGCAGCGAUCGACGUGCGCGCUGACACUCUGGAAGAGAACCGCCGGAAACCAGACUGUCAAUAUUCUCGACAGAGAAGCUUUCAACGCGACCGCCGACGAGAUUUUGAUCCUAUUUCAAAGGCGAGUCGUCGAGGCCGUGAAAAAAGGUUACAACGGUCACACAACGAAGGAGUCGUGGACCAUUCCGGCUGCGCUUAUGUUCUGCUUGUCCGUUUUCACGAUGAUCGGCUACGGGAAUUUGGUACCGCGAACCCCCUGGGGCCGCGGGGCUACCGUCGUUUACGCGAUUUUUGGUAUACCCCUUUACGUUCUCUACUUUCUCAACAUGGGCAAAGUUCUCGCACACACUUUCAGAUGGUUGUAUACGAGGAUGCACGAGUGCACGGGUAAAAGAAAGCCUGGAACGAGAAUAAUCGUCCCCUCGACCGCCUGUCUCUGGGUCCUUUCCGGUUACAUCCUCGCUGGCACCAUCACCUUCGCCCAAUGGGAAGGAUGGGGCUACCUCGACAGCGCUUACUUCUGCGUAACGUCCCUGUGCAAAAUCGGCAUUGGUGAUUUCGUCCCAGGAACCGAUCUCAACGACGAAAAUCAGAACGAAAGCCAGACGAAAUUGGUUAUCAAUUUUGUUUAUCUCCUCUUCGGACUCGGCCUCGUCGCCAUGUGCUACAACCUCAUGAGAGAAACGGUUCGUGUCAAAGCGCGACAAUUGAGCGAAGAUACCAAGAGAGCUUUCGACGACUUCAGGCACAAAAUUAUGAUGACUUGUUGCCGUGCUAGACUCGAAUGAUCGAGCAACCAUCGCACAAAACUUCGAUCACGAAAUCUGCUACUACCGAAAUUUCCAGCCACCAAAAGCUGCUACUAAAAUUCAGUUUUAACGAAAGAUCAAUCGCUCUAUUUCACGUUAGAACAAUUCAUCGUCUUGUGACAAACGUUUUGUCUACAAACAAUUGUACUAAUUGACAGAGGACAUUGAACAUUUCCGCGCAUUCAGAACAACCCGGAUGCACCACGUAAUCACGAAUACCCAAACUUCGCAACUCUAUUUUUAUUUUGUUUUUGUACUUUGUUUUAAAUAUUUUGUAUAAAAUAAAAUGAAUCUGUUUUUCAA